CGCAGCUCCAAUUAUGAUUGAAACCCGCCCUCUGUUGUGCUCACAUCUAUCUUCACCAUUCGCAUUGCCGGCCUCCUCGCUUUCGCCGGCCCCCCGGGUUUUGCGGUCGCCGACGUGGACAUGGGCUCGCGGCCUUUGAUGCCGACGCCCGCCACUCACCCUCGUCCGCGGAGCUCAGAGUCGCUCUCGCCGCCUCCAGUGCCAGCGCCUCGACUCGGACACAAAAAGUCGCGGAAAGGCUGCGCACAGUGCAAGCGACGACACGUCAAGUGCGAUGAAGGAGCGCCGUGCUCGAACUGCGUAAGACAUGGCGUGGCUUGCUCUCGCGCUGGCGGGCCAUACGUGACUCGAGAUGACGCGAAGGGGCGCCGGGCAUCGGCCUCCUCGUCGGCAACAAGUACAGCAGGCAAGGCGACACGAGCGGAUCAAGCCUCCGAUGCUCAGACUGCCCUCCCUGGAUCCCGUGGUGCACGGCGAGAUGCCCGUCAGCGAUCGGCCAUUGACGCCCUCCCGCCCUUCAUGCAAGACGAGCAACAACGCGCCUUGGAUCUCCAACUCAUGCACCAUUAUAUGGCUUGUACCAAUGCCGUCAUGACCAACCAUCGCACCGAGGAAGCCAUCCUCGCCAUCUGGCAAAUCGAUACGCCCAAGGUAGCAUUUCAAUGCGAAUACGUGCUGCAUGCCCUCCUGGCCUUCUCCGCAUUGCACAAGCUCCGCGUGGAUCCCGGAAACGUGCACCAACAAUUACGACACAGUGCUGUGCAGCACCUCGACCACGCAUUUACACUGCACCGCUCCAAUACCGAGCCGGUCAAUGAGGAGAACGCAAACGCGCGAUUCCUCUUCCCAUGGCUCGUCACGCUCACCUCGUUUGCCGUCCUUCCCAACCUACCGCCGAUCGAUGCGAUGGUGGAGCUCCUCACGCUGGCCAAGGAAGUCGAUUCAUCCAUGGCGGAGACGUGGUUCUGGGUGGCGCAGGGCCCGUUCGCCCCGAUACUAAUGAGGGGCUUUCAAGAAGCAAUUCCCCCACUAUCGGAAGGCAGAUCUAUCUUGCCUCAAGGAAUGGACUUUGGGUUGGGCCAUUUGGACUUUAUGCUGGGCGUCGACACCAUGCUGCCCGACGAGCGACGCACAUGCUAUCUCGUGCUGGCAGAGAUGAAGAAGGUGUACGAUCAGGUGGUCACGGGGCGAGAUAUGUGCAGCGUCGCCACCAUUCUCUGCUUCCCCAAGCAGGCGUCGAGCAAUUUCUGCGAGCUGGUGAAGAAACGCGUGCCGCAAGCACUCGUCAUGCUGGCCUACUAUGCGGUUCUGAUCAAUGUUUUGGAUGAUCGGUGGUGGAUUCGUGGAUGGUCGACGCGGCUGUUGCAGGAUGUUGUGGGGGAUUUGGAGGCUCAGUGGCAUCAAUGGAUAGAGUGGCCGAUGCAGUGCAUUUUGACGAGGGAAGAAGCGAUGAGUGGAUAGAACGGGCUUCCUCGAAUAAAUACAUUGAUGUUUGCAUUUACCACUCCAUGGC